AAGAUAAUAUAUACAUCGGAUUUUAUUUUUUUAAAAAGUUUAUUUUGCUCCAUUUUUGAAAAAGAGAGAGCUUGGGCGGCGAGCGGUUUUUUUUUAAACCAAUUAUCCUUAUUUUCUGUUAUUUGUCCCCGUCCCUCCCCACCCCCUGCUGAAGCAAGAAUAAGGGCAGGGACCGCGGCUCCUACCUACUGGUGAUCCCCUUCCCCAUUCAGCCCCCGCCCCAAGGCCCAGUACAGUGCCCUGCACACAGUAGUCGCUCAAUAAAUGUUCGUGGAUGAUGAUGAUGAUGAUGAUGAAAAAAAUGCAGCAUCAACGGCAGCAGCAAGCGGACCACGCGAACGAGGCAAACUAUGCAAGAGGCACCAGACUCCCUCUUUCUGGUGAAGGACCAACUUCUCAGCCGAAUAGCUCCAAGCAAACUGUCCUGUCUUGGCAAGCUGCAAUCGAUGCUGCUAGACAGGCCAAGGCUGCCCAAACUAUGAGCACCUCUGCACCCCCACCUGUAGGAUCUCUCUCCCAAAGAAAACGUCAGCAAUACGCCAAGAGCAAAAAACAGGGUAACUCGUCCAACAGCCGACCUGCCCGCGCCCUUUUCUGUUUAUCACUCAAUAACCCCAUCCGAAGAGCCUGCAUUAGUAUAGUGGAAUGGAAACCAUUUGACAUAUUUAUAUUAUUGGCUAUUUUUGCCAAUUGUGUGGCCUUAGCUAUUUACAUCCCAUUCCCUGAAGAUGAUUCUAAUUCAACAAAUCAUAACUUGGAAAAAGUAGAAUAUGCCUUCCUGAUUAUUUUUACAGUCGAGACAUUUUUGAAGAUUAUAGCGUAUGGAUUAUUGCUACAUCCUAAUGCUUAUGUUAGGAAUGGAUGGAAUUUACUGGAUUUUGUUAUAGUAAUAGUAGGAUUGUUUAGUGUAAUUUUGGAACAAUUAACCAAAGAAACAGAAGGCGGGAACCACUCUAGCGGCAAAUCUGGAGGCUUUGAUGUCAAAGCCCUCCGUGCCUUUCGAGUGUUGCGACCACUUCGACUAGUGUCAGGAGUGCCCAGUUUACAAGUUGUCCUGAACUCCAUUAUAAAAGCCAUGGUUCCCCUCCUUCACAUAGCCCUUUUGGUAUUAUUUGUAAUCAUAAUCUAUGCUAUUAUAGGAUUGGAACUUUUUAUUGGAAAAAUGCACAAAACAUGUUUUUUUGCUGACUCAGAUAUCGUAGCUGAAGAGGACCCAGCUCCAUGUGCGUUCUCAGGGAAUGGACGCCAGUGUACUGCCAAUGGCACGGAAUGUAGGAGUGGCUGGGUCGGCCCGAAUGGAGGCAUCACCAACUUUGAUAACUUUGCCUUUGCUAUGCUCACUGUGUUUCAGUGCAUCACCAUGGAGGGCUGGACAGAUGUGCUCUACUGGGUAAAUGAUGCGAUAGGAUGGGAAUGGCCAUGGGUGUAUUUUGUUAGUCUGAUCAUCCUUGGCUCAUUUUUCGUCCUUAACCUGGUUCUUGGUGUCCUUAGUGGAGAAUUCUCAAAGGAAAGAGAGAAGGCAAAAGCACGGGGAGAUUUCCAGAAGCUCCGGGAGAAGCAGCAGCUGGAGGAGGAUCUAAAGGGCUACUUGGAUUGGAUCACCCAAGCUGAGGACAUUGAUCCCGAGAACGAGGAAGAAGGAGGAGAGGAAGGCAAACGAAAUACUAGCAUGCCCACCAGUGAGACUGAGUCUGUGAACACAGAGAACGUCAGCGGCGAAGGCGAGACCCGAGGCUGCUGUGGAAGUCUCUGGUGCUGGUGGAGACGGAGAGGCGCGGCCAAGGCGGGGCCCUCUGGGUGUCGGCGGUGGGGUCAAGCCAUCUCAAAAUCCAAACUCAGCCGACGCUGGCGUCGCUGGAACCGAUUCAAUCGCAGAAGAUGUAGGGCCGCCGUGAAGUCUGUCACGUUUUACUGGCUGGUUAUCGUCCUGGUGUUUCUGAACACCUUAACCAUUUCCUCUGAGCACUACAAUCAACCAGAUUGGUUGACACAGAUUCAAGAUAUUGCCAACAAAGUCCUCCUGGCUCUGUUCACCUGCGAGAUGCUGGUAAAAAUGUACAGCUUGGGCCUCCAAGCAUAUUUCGUCUCUCUUUUCAACCGGUUUGAUUGCUUCGUGGUGUGUGGUGGAAUCACUGAGACGAUCUUGGUGGAACUGGAAAUCAUGUCUCCCCUGGGAAUCUCUGUGUUCCGGUGUGUGCGCCUCUUAAGAAUCUUCAAAGUGACCAGGCACUGGACUUCCCUGAGCAACUUAGUGGCAUCCUUGUUAAACUCCAUGAAGUCCAUCGCUUCGCUGUUGCUUCUGCUUUUUCUCUUCAUUAUCAUCUUUUCCUUGCUUGGGAUGCAGCUAUUUGGCGGCAAGUUUAAUUUUGAUGAAACGCAAACCAAGCGGAGCACCUUUGACAAUUUCCCUCAAGCACUUCUCACAGUGUUCCAGAUUCUGACAGGCGAAGACUGGAAUGCUGUGAUGUACGACGGCAUCAUGGCUUACGGGGGCCCGUCCUCUUCAGGAAUGAUCGUCUGCAUCUACUUCAUCAUCCUCUUCAUUUGUGGUAACUAUAUUCUACUGAAUGUCUUCUUGGCCAUCGCUGUAGACAAUUUGGCUGAUGCCGAAAGUUUGAACACUGCUCAGAAAGAAGAAGCAGAAGAAAAGGAGAGGAAAAAGAUUGCCAGAAAAGAGAGCCUAGAAAACAAAAAGAACAACAAACCAGAAGUCAACCAGAUAGCCAACAGUGACAACAAGGUUACAAUCGAUGACUAUAGAGAAGAGGAUGAAGACAAGGACCCCUACCCACCUUGCGAUGUGCCAGUAGGGGAAGAGGAAGAGGAAGAGGAGGAGGAUGAACCUGAGGUUCCUGCCGGACCCCGUCCUCGAAGGAUCUCGGAGUUGAACAUGAAGGAAAAAAUUGCCCCCAUCCCUGAAGGGAGCGCUUUCUUCAUUCUUAGCAAGACCAACCCGAUCCGUGUGGGCUGCCACAAGCUCAUCAACCACCACAUCUUCACCAACCUCAUCCUCGUCUUCAUCAUGCUGAGCAGCGCCGCUCUGGCCGCAGAGGACCCCAUCCGCAGCCACUCCUUCCGGAACACGAUACUGGGUUACUUUGACUAUGCCUUCACAGCCAUCUUUACUGUUGAGAUCCUGUUGAAGAUGACAACUUUUGGAGCUUUCCUCCACAAAGGGGCCUUCUGCAGGAACUACUUCAAUUUGCUGGAUAUGCUGGUGGUUGGGGUGUCUCUGGUGUCAUUUGGGAUUCAAUCCAGUGCCAUCUCCGUUGUGAAGAUUCUGAGAGUCUUAAGGGUCCUGAGGCCCCUCAGGGCCAUCAACAGAGCCAAAGGACUUAAGCACGUGGUCCAGUGCGUCUUCGUGGCCAUCCGGACCAUCGGCAACAUCAUGAUCGUCACCACCCUCCUCCAGUUCAUGUUUGCCUGUAUUGGGGUCCAGUUAUUCAAGGGGAAGUUCUAUCGCUGUACGGAUGAAGCCAAAAGUAACCCUGAAGAAUGCAGGGGACUUUUCAUCCUCUACAAGGAUGGGGAUGUUGACAGUCCUGUGGUCCGUGAGCGGAUCUGGCAAAACAGUGAUUUCAACUUCGACAACGUCCUCUCUGCUAUGAUGGCACUCUUCACGGUCUCCACGUUUGAGGGCUGGCCUGCGUUGCUGUAUAAAGCCAUCGACUCGAAUGGAGAGAACAUCGGCCCAAUCUACAACCACCGCGUGGAGAUUUCCAUCUUCUUCAUCAUCUACAUCAUCAUUGUAGCUUUCUUCAUGAUGAACAUCUUUGUGGGCUUUGUCAUCGUUACAUUUCAGGAGCAAGGAGAAAAAGAGUAUAAGAACUGUGAGCUGGACAAAAAUCAGCGUCAGUGUGUUGAAUACGCCUUGAAAGCACGUCCCUUGCGGAGAUACAUCCCCAAAAACCCCUACCAGUACAAGUUCUGGUACGUGGUGAACUCUUCGCCUUUCGAAUACAUGAUGUUUGUCCUCAUCAUGCUCAACACACUCUGCUUGGCCAUGCAGCACUACGAGCAGUCCAAGAUGUUCAAUGACGCCAUGGACAUUCUGAACAUGGUCUUCACCGGGGUGUUCACCGUCGAGAUGGUUUUGAAAGUCAUCGCCUUUAAGCCUAAGGGGUAUUUUAGUGACGCCUGGAACACGUUUGACUCCCUCAUCGUAAUCGGCAGCAUUAUAGACGUGGCCCUCAGCGAAGCAGACCCAACUGAAAGUGAAAAUGUCCCUGUCCCAACUGCUACACCUGGGAACUCUGAAGAGACCAAUAGAAUCUCCAUCACCUUUUUCCGUCUUUUCCGAGUGAUGCGAUUGGUGAAGCUUCUCAGCAGGGGGGAAGGCAUCCGGACGUUGCUGUGGACUUUUAUUAAGUCCUUUCAGGCACUCCCGUAUGUGGCCCUCCUCAUAGCCAUGCUGUUCUUCAUCUAUGCGGUCAUUGGCAUGCAGAUGUUUGGGAAAGUUGCCAUGAGAGAUAACAACCAGAUCAAUAGGAACAAUAACUUCCAGACGUUUCCCCAGGCGGUGCUGCUGCUCUUCAGGUGUGCGACAGGUGAGGCCUGGCAGGAGAUCAUGCUGGCCUGCCUCCCAGGGAAGCUCUGUGACCCUGAGUCAGAUUACAACCCCGGGGAGGAGUAUACAUGUGGGAGCAACUUUGCCAUUGUCUAUUUCAUCAGUUUUUACAUGCUCUGUGCGUUUCUGAUCAUCAAUCUGUUUGUGGCUGUCAUCAUGGAUAAUUUCGACUAUCUGACCCGGGACUGGUCUAUUUUGGGGCCUCACCAUUUAGAUGAAUUCAAAAGAAUAUGGUCAGAAUAUGACCCUGAGGCAAAGGGAAGGAUAAAACAUCUUGACGUGGUCACUCUGCUUCGACGCAUCCAGCCUCCCCUAGGGUUUGGGAAGUUGUGCCCACACAGAGUAGCGUGCAAGAGAUUAGUUGCCAUGAACAUGCCUCUCAACAGUGACGGGACAGUCAUGUUUAAUGCAACCCUAUUUGCUUUGGUUCGAACAGCUCUUAAGAUCAAGACUGAAGGGAACCUGGAGCAAGCUAAUGAAGAACUUCGGGCUGUGAUAAAGAAAAUUUGGAAGAAAACCAGCAUGAAAUUACUUGACCAAGUUGUCCCUCCAGCUGGUGAUGAUGAGGUAACCGUGGGGAAGUUCUAUGCCACUUUCCUGAUACAGGACUACUUUAGGAAAUUCAAGAAACGGAAAGAACAAGGACUGGUGGGAAAGUACCCUGCGAAGAACACCACAAUUGCCCUACAGGCGGGAUUAAGGACACUGCAUGACAUUGGGCCAGAAAUCCGGCGUGCUAUAUCGUGUGAUUUGCAAGAUGACGAGCCUGAGGAAACAAAACGAGAAGAAGAAGAUGAUGUGUUCAAAAGAAAUGGUGCCCUGCUUGGAAACCAUGUCAAUCAUGUUAAUAGUGAUAGGAGAGAUUCCCUUCAGCAGACCAAUACCACCCACCGUCCCCUGCAUGUCCAAAGGCCUUCAAUUCCACCUGCAAGUGAUACUGAGAAACCGCUGUUUCCUCCAGCAGGAAAUUCGGUGUGUCAUAACCAUCAUAACCAUAAUUCCAUAGGAAAGCAAGUUCCCACCUCAACAAAUGCCAAUCUCAAUAAUGCCAAUAUGUCCAAAGCUGCCCAUGGAAAGCGGCCCAGCAUUGGGAACCUUGAGCAUGUGUCUGAAAAUGGGCAUCAUUCUUCCCACAAGCAUGACCGGGAGCCUCAGAGAAGGUCCAGUGUGAAAAGAACCCGCUAUUAUGAAACUUACAUUAGGUCCGACUCAGGAGAUGAGCAGCUCCCAACUAUUUGCCGGGAAGACCCAGAGAUACGUGGCUAUUUCAGGGACCCCCGCUGCUUGGGGGAGCAGGAGUAUUUCAGUAGCGAGGAGUGCUAUGAGGAUGACAGCUCACCCACCUGGAGCAGGCAAAACUAUGGCUACUACAGCAGAUACCCAGGCAGAAACGUCGACUUUGAGAGGCCCCGAGGCUACCAUCACCCCCAAGGAUUCUUGGAGGACGAUGACUCGCCCAUUUGCUAUGAUUCACGGAGAUCUCCAAGGAGACGCCUACUACCUCCCACCCCAGCAUCCCACCGCAGAUCCUCCUUCAACUUCGAGUGCCUGCGCCGGCAGAGCAGCCAGGAGGAGGUCCCUUCGUCUCCCACCUUCCCCCACCGCACGGCCCUGCCUCUGCAUCUGAUGCAGCAACAGAUCAUGGCAGUUGCUGGCCUAGAUUCAAGCAAAGCCCAGAAGUACUCACCGAGUCACUCGACCCGGUCAUGGGCCACCCCUCCAGCAACCCCUCCCUACCGGGACUGGACACCGUGCUACACCCCCCUGAUCCAAGUGGAGCAGUCAGAGGCCCUGGACCAGAUGAACGGCAGCCUGCCGUCCCUGCACCGCAGUUCCUGGUACACAGACGAGCCCGACAUCUCCUACCGGACUUUCACACCAGCCAGCCUGACCGUCCCCAGCAGCUUCCGGAACAAAAACAGCGACAAGCAAAGGAGCGCGGACAGCUUGGUGGAGGCAGUCCUGAUAUCUGAAGGCUUGGGACGCUAUGCAAGGGACCCAAAAUUUGUGUCAGCAACAAAAUAUGAAAUCGCCGAUGCCUGUGACCUCACCAUCGACGAGAUGGAGAGUGCAGCCAGCACCCUGCUUAAUGGGAACGUGUGUCCCCGAGCCAACGGGGAUGUGGGCCCCCUCUCACACAGGCAGGACUAUGAGCUACAGGACUUUGGUCCUGGCUACAGCGACGAAGAGCCAGACCCUGGGAGGGAUGAGGAGGACCUGGCAGAUGAAAUGAUAUGCAUCACCACCUUGUAGCCCCCAGCGAGGGGCAGACUGGCUCUGGCCUCAGGUGGGGCACAGGAGGGCCAGGGGAAAAGUGCCUCAUAGUUAGGAAAGUUUAGGCACUAGUUGGGAGUAAUAUUCAAUUAGACUUUUGUAUAAGAGAUGUCAUGCCUCAAGAAAGCCAUAAACCUGGUAGGAACAGGUCCCAAGUGGUUGAGCCUGGCAGAGCACCAUGAGCUCGGCCCCAGCUGCAGGAAACAGCAGGCCCCGCCCUCUCACAGAGGAUGGGUGAGGCGGCCAGACCCGCCCUGCCCCAUUGUCCAGAUGGGCACUACUGUGGAGUCUGCGUCUCCCAUGUACCAGGGCACCAGGCCCACCCACCUGAAGGCACGGCGGCAGGGUGCAGGGGAAAGUUAAAGGUGAUGACGAUCACCACACCUGUGUCAUUACCUCAGCCAUCGGUCUAGCAUAUCAGUCACUGGGCCCAACAUAUCCAUUUUUAAACCCUUUCCCCCAAAUACACUGCAUCCUGGUUCCUGUUUAGCUGUUCUGAAAUACAGUGCAUCAGAACCCAGCUACCAGCGAUCAUUGUGAGGGCAAUGGGACCUUACAAAUAAGGUUUUCUGUGAUGUGACUCCAGUUUACACAAGAGAAUCUCACUCCGAUGGUCGGUUUCUGACUGUCACGCUAAAGGGCAACUGUAAACUGGAAUAAUAAUGCACUCGCAACCAGGUCAACUUAGAUACACUAGUUUGUUUAAAAUUAUAGAUUUACUGUACAUGACUUGUAAUAUACUAUAAUUUGUAUUUGUAAAGAGAUGGUCUAUAUUUUGUAAUUACUGUACCGUAUUUGAACUGCAGCAAUAUCCAUGGGUCCUAAUAAUUGUAGUUCCCCGCUGAAAUCUAGAAAUUACUAGUAUUUUUACUCGGGCUAUCCAGAAGUAGAAGAAAUAGAGCCAAUUCUCAUUUAUUCCGUGAAAAUCCUCUGGGGGUAAAAUUUUAAGUUUGAAAGAACUUGACACUACAGAAAUUUUUCUAAAGUAUUUUGAGUCACUAUAAACCUAUCUUUCCACAAGAUAUAUCAGAUGACUAUUUGCAGUCUUUUCUUUGGGCAAGAGUUACAUGAUUUUGAUACUGUACCUUUGGAUCCACCAUGGGUUGCAACUGUCUUUGGUUUUGUUUGACUUGAACCACCCUCUGGUAAGUGAAUUACAGAGCAGGUCCAGCUGGCUGUUCUGCCCCUUGGUUAUCUCUAGUUAUGUAUUUCUCUGCUGCCCACCCAGGGCAUUUUUUGCAUCACUGGUGCAGAAAUGCGUAAGUGGAUGAGGUACAGCUGCUCUUGUCCUCUGGGGACUGGUGGUGCUGCUUAAGAAAUAAGGGGUGCUGGGGUGGGGGUGACAGGAAAACCAUGGCGAUCUAUAGGAUUGGAAUGUCGGGGUCUGUACAAAUUGUAUUGUUGCCUUUUACAAAACUGCUGUACUGUGUGUUCUCUUUGAGGGCUUUUAUAUGCAACUGAAUGAGGGCUGAAGUUUUCAUUAGAAUGCACUCACACUCUGACUGUACGUCCUGAUGAAAACCCACUUUUGGAUCAUUAGAACCGUCAAGGCUUCCUUUUCUGUCAACAGAAUUAUGCCGACUGUCAAGUUACCUUGGCAGGGAUUCCCUGCAAUCAAAAAGAUAGGUAGCAAUUUUAGUCCAAGAUUUUUAAUAGUAUAUACACAACCUGUUAAUGGAUUUUUUUUUUUUUUUUUUUGUAAAUAACACCACUUUGUUAUGAAGACCUUACAAACCUCUUCUUAAGACAUUCUUACUCUGAUCCAGGCAAAAACACUUCAAGGUUUGUAAAUGACUCUUUCCUGACAUACAUCCUUUUUUAUUAAAAUACAAAAUGUUCUUCAGAAUAAAACUGUGUAAUAAUUUUGUUAUAUUUGGGAGCUCUCCUUGCACAGGGCUGGCAUUUGCCAGUGAGAGCCUCCGGCGGGGCAGGUACUGUGCCAGGGCAGCUCUAAAAUUACGGAUAUUCUCUCUUAUCCUCCUGGUUCCUUCAGUGCCAAUGGUAACCUAAUACCAGCUGCAGGGAGCACCAUUUCUCCUAAAGGGCUACACCACUGUCAACAUUAUCUUGGACUCUGUGUCUCUCUCCGUUGGGUCUUGGUCUUACUGUGUGGCUUCACAUCAGGCCAAAGUCGCCAGACCAGGACCCUAAGUGUCUGGUAGAGGCGAUGAUCUUUUCCAAAGUCAGUACUUACAAACUGGCGUUUUUACAGGCUAUACCACUUCCUAAUACCUGUCUGCUUUAAGCCUGGUUCAACCUCUCAUCGAAUAUUAAAUUUUUCUUUGUAAGAAAAA